GGCUCCGGGAGGGCGCAGUUCGGCCCCACCGCCUGGCCCGUGCUCCCGGGCGCAGCCAAGCGGGCGCACCGCAGACAGACGCCUUUGCCAUGAACCAGCCUGCCCCUGCUGCCCUUCCUCCGCCCCGCCGCGUACGGCUGAAGCCCUGGCUGGUCGCCCAGGUGAACAGCUGCCAGUACCCGGGGCUUCAGUGGGUCAAUGGCGAAAAGAAAUGCUUCUAUAUCCCCUGGCGCCAUGCCACGCGGCACGGCCCCAGCCAGGAUGGAGAUAACACCAUCUUCAAGGCCUGGGCCAAGGAGACGGGAAAGUACACCGAGGGGGUGGACGAGGCUGAUCCGGCCAAGUGGAAGGCCAACCUGCGCUGUGCCCUUAACAAGAGCCGUGACUUUCGCCUCAUCUAUGAUGGGCCCCGGGACAUGCCGCCUCAGCCCUACAAGAUCUACGAGGUCUGCUCCAAUGGCCCCACUCCUGCAGAGGCACAGCCCAGUGAGGAUUACACUCUCGGUGCGGGAGAGGAGGAGGAGGAGGAAGAGGAAGAGCUCCAGAGGAUGUUACCAAGCCUGAGCCUCACAGAAGCAGUGCAGCCCGGCCCCCCAAUGGCACCCUAUUCUUUACCCAAAGAGGAUGUCAAGUGGCCACCCACUCUCCAGCCGCCUGUGGUGCUGGGUCCGCCUGCUCCAGACCCCAGCCUCCUGGGCCCUGCCCCUGGCAACCCUGCUGACUUUGAGGAGCUGCUUUCUGAGGUCCUGCCGAGCCCACAGCCUGGGACCCUGGCUGCCAGCCUGCCCCCAACAGGCGAACAACUCCUGCCCGACCUGCUGAUCAGCCCUCACAUGCUGCCUCUGACCGACCUGGAGAUCAAGUUUCAGUACCGGGGGAGGCCACCCCGGGCCCUCACCAUCAGCAACCCCCAUGGCUGCCGGCUCUUCUACAGCCAGCUGGAGGCCACCCAGGAGCAGGUGGAGCUCUUUGGCCCUGUGAGCCUAGAACAAGUGCGCUUCCCCAGCCCCGAGGACAUCCCCAGCGACAAGCAGCGCUUUUAUACCAACCAGCUGCUGGAUGUCCUGGACCGCGGGCUCAUCCUCCAGCUACAAGGCCAGGAUCUGUAUGCCAUCCGCCUGUGCCAGUGCAAGGUGUUCUGGAGCGGGCCCUGUGCCUCAGCCCAUGGCUCACACCCCAACCCCAUCCAGCGGGAGGUCAAGACCAAGCUCUUCAGCCUGGAGCAUUUUCUCAAUGAGCUCAUCCUGUUCCAGAAGGGCCAGACCAACACCCCACCACCGUUUGAGAUCUUCUUCUGCUUUGGGGAGGAGUGGCCUGAUCGCAAACCCCGAGAGAAGAAGCUCAUCACUGUACAGGUGGUGCCUGUAGCAGCUCGGCUGCUGCUGGAGAUGUUCUCAGGGGAGCUUUCUUGGUCGGCUGAUAGCAUCCGGCUACAGAUCUCAAACCCAGACCUCAAAGACCGCAUGGUAGAACAGUUCAAGGAGCUCCAUCACAUCUGGCAGUCCCAGCAGCAGCUGCAGCCUGUGGCCCAAGCCCCUCCUGUGGCAGGCCUCAGUGCUGGCCAGGGGCCCUGGCCCAUGCACCCAGUUGGCAUGCAGUAAUGAGGCUGCAGACAGUGACUGGCCCAGGCUUCCAGGGUGGCUGUGCAGACUGAUGUGGAGGUGCGAUGGCCUCAAUGGGCACCUGGUGGGCGGCAGGGUCCUACCUCUGGGUCCUCUGGAAGUGGAUCUGGGUCACGAAUAAGAGGGAAAAGAGGCCCGAGUUCCAGGUUCUCCUCAGAAGCUGAUGGAAACUGGAAGCCAGUUUUGCUUUGAGGACUGUCUUCCUGGACAUGCCUCUCCUGGGCUGGCUGUGGGGGAACUGAGCCAUCGGCACCUGUGAGGAGGGAAGGAACUCCCCCCGACUCCAGGGGGCCUAGUUGUACAGGGGGAGUUGCCCCAGAGUGACCCAUACUUGCGGUUGCCCCCAUUUCUUCUGGCAAAAAGAGCCAAGUGCUGUGGGUCAGGUCUCCCUGGCAGGUCCUCUGCAGGGCAUGGACCGGAUAUUGGGGUUCCCUAGCUUGAGCCCCACUUCCUCAUCUUUCUUCCUCCAGAGAUAGAGAUGAGCACUUGGGUAUUACACCAGAUACUUAAGGCUGGCAGCUACCUCCCUUCAGAGUCCAAGAACCUGGGGUACAAAGUGGAAUUUUACAUAUUUUUGGAUUAAUAAAUAUUAAAAAACA